GCAGCCUGUACUGAGUACUCUCGCCGGUGCCGGUGCUGCGCGGCGAACUUUAGUAGCGUGACGAGCGUCGAUCCGUUUGUUUCGUGUAUUCGCGCUCCUCUUUCCGCUUGCUCUGCUAUUGCGGCUUCCCUGUUCUUCGUUUCUUCAUCUCUCGUCGUCUCUUCUUGUUUCUCGCGUGUUUCGCGCUAUAUACAACGAGACGCAGGACGCAGCCUGCCUAUUCGUGAAUCGAAUCGAGUCGGGUUUAUCAGUCUCCAGCUCCAGUCAAAUUUCCAGUCCGGUCGAAUCGCGUCGAAACGAGACGGGACGAGACGGGACGGGACGAGACGAGACGAGACGAGACGAGACGAACGCGCGCGCGCGCGCGCGUGUGUGCUAUCGAUACACUCGGUGAACGAGCGCAGGAGCCAACGAUCGAGGGAGGCAGGACUCAACGGCGAAGGAGCGAGUAAGGGAAAAAGAAAGACGUGUAACACAGAGACGUACGUUAGGAGGCGCCCGAAAUACAUUUCGGUAACUCAGGUGAGGAUAACCGAACUUUUGUACCAGGUACUUCAUCACUUACUACGAUGCAGAGCAACGGUUCGGAGAGUGUAGGAUCUGAGAACGGAGUCGACAAAUCGGGAUGGACAGUUGGAUUAAUCAACGGAAAGUUGAAGUAUUUAACGGCAGAGACGUUUGGUUUUAAAAUCAACGCCAACGGAUCGAGCUUGAAAAAGAAGCAACUGUGGACUCUGGAAGGCAGUGAGCAUCAAGUUUUUCUUCGCUCUCACUUGGAUCGGUACCUAGCGGUCGACCAAUUUGGCAAUGUAACGUGCGAGAGUGAGGACUCGACGGAUCCGGGAUGCGCUUUUCAGAUACAACUCGCUUCCGAUGGAAGCGGACGAUGGGCGCUGAAGAACAUUCAGAGAGGUUACUUCUUAGGCUCGAGUCAAGAUGAAUUGAAGUGCACCGCUAAGGCUCCGGGUGAGGCGGAAUACUGGCUCGUACAUCUCGCCGCUAGACCGCAGGUGAACCUUCGGUCCGCCGGGAGGAAACGUUUCGCACACUUGAGCGCUACCCAGGACGAGAUCCACGUGGAUGCACCGGUACCCUGGGGUGAGGACACCCUGUUUACUUUGGAAUUUCGUCCAGCGACCAUGGCUGACGACGACAGCCACGGGGGGGAUCGUGCCAAGUCCGAAGGCGGCCAUUACGCUCUGCAUACUUGCAAUAAUAAAUACCUCGCCCGUGACGGCAAGCUUCUCGACGCUUGUACGCGAGACUGCCUGUACGCCGCAGAGUUCCAUGCCGGUCUUCUCGCUCUUCGAGAUAUACACGGCGCAUACUUGGCACCGAUUGGAAGUAAAGCUGUCCUGAAAUCGCGAUCAACAACUGUUACACGUGACGAACUCUUUUCCUUGGAAGAAUCUCUGCCACAGGCAUCGUUCGUCGCGGCACUGAACCAGCGAUACGUUUCCGUAAAGCAAGGCGUCGACGUAACUGCCAAUCAAGACGAAAUUUCUGGCCACGAGACAUUCCAAUUGGAAUUCGACCGGGUGACAAAACGGUGGUACAUGCGAACGAUGCAAGAUCGCUACUGGAGCUUGGAAGCAGGUGGCGGCAUUCAGGCUUCCGAUCACAAGCGCUCGUCGAACGCGCUAUUUGAUCUGACGUGGCAGUCGGACGACGGGACGGUUGCAUUGCGUGCCAACAAUGGCAAGUUCCUAGCUACCAAGCGAUCCGGCCAUCUCUACGCGAACGCUGAUUCGCUGAACGGCACCGACUCCGAUGCCGCCAAAUAUUAUUUCUAUCUGAUGAACAGACCCGUACUGGUGCUCCGAUGCGAGCAAGGCUUCGUCGGACCCAAAAGCGCGGCCAGUCCUAAACUUGAAUGCAACAAGGCUGUCUACGAGACGAUACGCGUCGAACGCUGUGAACGCGGUGUAAUCAGAUUCAAAGGACAAAAUGGCAAGUAUUGGCACGCAGAUAGCGAGGGAGUGACGGUGGAUGCUGAUAUGCCAUCUGAUGGCUUUUAUCUCGAGCUGCGCGAGCCAUCUCGGAUCUGUAUCAAAUGCGUGGACGGCCGAUAUCUUACCGCGGGUAAAAACGGCGCGCUGCGUCUAGGAGAAACAGACUACGAGUCCGCCACCAAGUGGGAAUUUUAACACGGAUAACGUGCAACAAAUCUCAAGAUUCCACUUAUAUUCCACUGCCUCCUCAGCUUUGGUCGUAAUGUAGUA